ACAGUAGAGGAAGUAGUGACUAGUGAGUAGUGCUUCUGCUACUUCCAUGUCAUAUUCUACACUCACUCUCGCUCUUCAAAUCAACUCAUUGCUUCUCACUCCACCCCAUCUUAACAUAAUUUGCCACUCUCUCUCUCUACUCUCUCUCUCCAAAACAAAAUAUUUACACAGUUUAAUUAAUUUCUAGUAUUAUUAAUUUGUUGUGGUUUAUAUUAUCAAUUGAGCUGCGGCGUCCAUGGCGGAACCGCCGGCACGUGUCAAAUUCACCGAGCACGUGAUCACCACCGACAAAAUCACUCCCCAUCGGAAAUCCGCCGACCACCGGAAAAUUGUCAGAAUAGUCCUCACCGACGCCGACGCCACCGAUUCCGACGACGAUGAUAACGGCUUCUUCGUGCAGAGGGUCAGGAGGCACGUGGAGGAGAUCAAGUUCACCUCGCCGGCGCCGGCGCCGGCGUGUCUGAUCGGGAACCGAUCGGAGGGCAGGAAGAAGGGACGGAGCUCAGACCGCCGGGGAAAGUUCCGCGGCGUGAGGCAGCGGCCCUGGGGGAGAUGGGCGGCGGAGAUCCGCGACCCGACCCGGGGAAAACGGGUCUGGAUCGGGACCUACGACACUGCCGAGGAGGCCGCCGCUGCCUAUGACAGGGAGGCGGUCCGGCUGAAGGGUCCGGCGGCGGUGAUCAAUUUUCCGGCGUCGGACGGCGGCGGGGCCGCCGCCCUGUCGUCUCCGAAGUCGGUGCUCUGCUACGGCGAGACGACGGAGACGCUGUUCGAUGAUCUGAUCGGCGGCGAGUUUGACUGGACGGCGGUGAGUUUGCCGCUCGCCGGAACGCCGUGGAGCGGCGGCGCCGGGGAAUUCGGCGAGUUUGACUUAGACGACUUUUUGAAUGAUUUUAGAUGACGUGGUGUGAUCCUAUCCGUUGAUUUGGGGAUGACGUGGCAGCCAGGGCGGGAAAUAUCUGUUGUGUUGCUUGCAGAUUAUUACUACAUACAUCGAUUUUGUUUAGAAUUGUCAAUUUAUAUUAUUAUUAUUUUUAUUUCUAUUUCCCAAGGAUGUUAUUAUAUUAUUAUUAUUUUUUUUUGAUGUAUGUAUUUUAAUGCUAUAUUAUAAAAAGAUUGUUGUAACUAAAUUUGUCUGUGAUAGGGAAUUGAGUAAAGUGUUGAGGUUAUUUGUUGUUA